UGCCUUUUCAACAGCUGGAGAGCAGUUGGUGUUCUGAGUGCAGACCCGAUAGCAUGUAAUGGUAACAAUGAUGUCCAACUUUGUUAUGGUGACAAAGUCACGGGAACUAAUAAUGUUCUGUUCGCUGUGUGCUACAAUAAAGAGACGCGUAUUCCAAAAUUUACGGGGCACGUUUUACGUGGAGAAGGUACUGUGGGUGUUCCAAAUAUGGUUCCAUACGGAAGGGAAGACAAUAACUGGAGAACAGAUGACAGUGGAUUAUUAGGUAAUUACCACACUAUUAAUAUGACAUAUAUUUUCAGGGGCACUUUGUAAUACCUGUCGCGCUUUGUAUUAAAACUAGUCGCACCAUCGCACUUUGCAAUAAAAUAAGCUGUCGCACUAAACUUGAAAUGGAUGGUCGGAGGAUGAGUAAACCCAAUAAUAAGUAUCAUUAUCAACAACAACAACAACAAUAAUAAUCAUGAUAAUAACUGAAUAAUGAUAAUAACAUUCCAGUGAACCGUUUUCAGGCCCAAUUUCUGAAGAUCUAAUCAGCUAAAAUGUAAAGAACAAAAACGAGAAGUCUAAGGGCCUGUUUACACGGAGGUGAGGGACCUAAGGUAGGUGAGGUAACCUGCUUAGGUGUGGUAACCCGCCUGUCCACAGUAAUCUCUCAUUUUGAUUUGAUCACGUUUGCAUGACAGGUGGGGUGACCCGCCGCACGUUACCUCACCUAUCUGGGGUCCCCACCUCCAUUCAAACAGGCCCUAAAGACUACUGCACAGCUGAUAACAACGUUUAUAAAUAACUAAGAUAGUACGCGCGCUCUGAUUGGUCAAGAGAUGUGUUUGCAUGAGAGUAUGUAAACAUGUGUGAAGUCGAGAUGUUUUGCUCUUCGCGCGCUAAUCACACGAAUCAGUUAAAAUGUUUUUGAGUUGAAAACUCGACAAAUUUACUUUAUUUACCCAUUCCCUCGUCGGAGGAAACUCGGAAAAUCUUUACAAACAUGCUGUGCAAAUUUUUUUCGCUUAAGCUGACAUUUUAAGCGAGAAAAACCCUUUUUUGGAAAGCUUCUUUAUUGCAAAACAAGAACUGAUUACGUGUACAUUUAGCUUCGUGUACAAGACUUCGCGACUGGUUAAAAUUUCUCUUUUAAUCAGUAACCUAAACAAAGAGUUUUUCUUUUUUCUCGGGAAAGUUAUUUUAUAAAAGCAAUAGAAAACUUUUUUGCUGUGUUUCCAUAGCCUGAUAUAAAACACUCGAGGGGUUGGGAGAAUUCUUGACAGUUAUGCAAACCCGAGACGAAGUCGAGAGUUUGUAUAACUGUUCCGAAUUCUCCCAACCCCUCGAGUGUUUAUAUCAGGCUAUGCAAACACAGGAAAUAAAGUUUUCCAGUUGCUUAAAUUUUGCUUUUUUAGAAAAAUACUGUUACUUUGUCGUUUACAAGCAAUUUAUUUGUCGUUAAGUUUCACAGUGCAUAAGGAAAUGUACUUGAUUUACGCGAAUUAGCUACGCGGCAAGGUACUUAAUACCAUAGUAAUACCGCUUAGUACCGUAUUUACACCAAUAAGCGCCGCGGCGCUAAUUAACUCCCACCCCCAAAUGCGGCGCUUAUUUGAGGGCGGCACUUAUUCGAGUAAUUACUGUAAUUGGCAACUUAAGAGUCUAUUACAUUUAGGGCAAAUUGUUAUUACUUCAGUACAUUUAGGGUCGUUUAUUACAUUUAGGCCUUCUACAUCUGUAGACGUCCGUUCAACGGUCAGCUGCAAGGAAAAAGUGGUCUCUUCAAUUUUUCAGACUAGUUUGUAAUAUUUAUCUGUUAGCUAAGACUUUGCACGAAAAUAGAACUUGGUAUUCCUAACAAUUGCAUGUUUUUGGAUUUACGAUUUUAAGGAUUUUUGGCACAAAAAUGACGUCAUAAGAUUGACCGCAAAAACUUAUUUUUGACUGUUGACAUAGCGAGUCAGACAUUUUGAAAAAGUACUCAGAGGUGAACUGAAAAAUGAAAUUCUUAGGGGGGAAAACCUAAUUUGGUUGCAAACAAAUAACAUUCUAAACGCUAAAGAUCACUAAUGUUUCUGAAAAAUGGCAACAAAAUGGCAGGAAAUUUGAAAUUCAUAGCUCAAUAACUUCUCAACCAAUUGAGCUUUUGUAAAUGAUUUUUUCACCUUUGAGCUCAUCUCUGCGUGCUUUUUGAAAGUUGCUUAUACUUGUUAUGUCAAAAGUCAAAAGUUAAAUUUUGCUGUCAAUCUUAUGACGUCAUUUUCCCGCCAAAAAACGUUACAGUCGAAAAUCCAAAAACAUGCGAUUGUUGGGAAUACCGAGUUCUGUCACCUUGCAAAGUUUUAACUCAAACAAAUAAAAAUUGCAAAACUAGUUUGGAAGAGACUACUUUUUGUUUGCAGCUGAGCCGUCGUGGUUGCAGAGGGUCUGUAUAAUACCCACCACUAUUCCAAGUCGUAAGAGUGAGGUUUUAAGUGGUGCAGCUUAAACGAGUAGUACGAGUUGUGAGACACAGUUUAUCACCUAAUUCGAUUCGAUUGGUUCAAGUGGUGAAAGUAAUACGUUUAAGUGAGCUAAAAUUAAGUACUUCCUAUCAAACCCGCAUCUUAUAGGCCAUUUUCGUUAUUUCCGAGUAAUUUUUGAGUUUCGCUUUGUGAAAAUGAGUUUUAUCUACAUGAGAAUAGAAAAUCAUUUUCAUUACACAGCUUUGCACUUAGACUCACUUCAAAAAAGUGGCUUCGGCAACUCGAAAAUGGCCUAUUAAGGACACUUAGAAUUGGAGCAGGGCCGUGAUGAUGGGACCUAUUCAACUGGUACGACUAUGGUUCAAGUAUUAAUUCCCAGUGAGAAAAAAACACGACUGGAUCAAUCCGAAAACACAGUUUCACGUAAACUACGCUAAAAUCAAGAAGGUACAUUCACGGACUCAUAAAAUGAAUUUUUAAAAUUUUUUUAUAGUAAUAGCUGAUCAAGCAACUAAUGCAGAUUACGCAACCGCACCCCCGAACCUUAAUUUGGCGAAAGGUCAUCUCACUCCUGCAGCGGAUUUCAGGAAUAACAAUAAGGAGAGAAGUUUUACCUUAGUGUUGACCAACAGUGCACCGCAGUGGCAACCGUUUAAUGAGGGUAACUGGGCUGCAGUUGAACAGGCCAUAAGAAGCUAUGCUAAAAGUACACCUGGAGGAAAAACUUUGUACAUCGUCACUGGAACAGGUACGUUUAUAUUUUUUUCCCUAUUUUGUCUUUAAAAAUAUUGACAGUAGUGCAACAUAGAUUGAGUAAGAUGGUCCGGGUGAACGUAGUCCUGAAUAGGACUGUUGUUAACUGUGACUUAGUCUGACGUUUCGACAACCUGUGCGGUAGUCGUCUUCAUAGUCAAAGUGAGUUGUAUCGAGUCAUUUGAUGGUAUUAGACCCUGGGUAUUGACCUGAUUGGUCAAUUAGGUUGUGAUGUUAUCGGUCGUUUAUCUGUUAAGCCGUGAUGUCAUUGGCCAUAAAGACUCUAAAUGUCAUCGGUGCGUUUCGAUCCGUCUUUUCGAUCCGUCGUUUUAUAUUCAUUGCUUUAGUCAAUUGUCGGCUGUCCAUUCAUAUAAUGUCGUCGUCAGUUUUGCUUGAGUCCAUCAGUAUGUCGUUUGUGCGGUGCCGGUAACUGUUGACUACAAUUCAGCGGCUUUUGUUAUAAAUUGGUAAACCACCUUCUAAGGUGAAUCGUUGAUAGGAGUCAACGCCCUAGCUCUGUUUACUUCUUUUACAACUUAGGGCACUCGCAUAAAACAGGUGACUCACUUUCUCAUAGUUUCUGACGGCAGAUACGGCACAGAGAGUCAUUCUGUGACGUAUCUAUCUUUAUUUUUACUAUUUUCAGUAUUAUUAUUAUUAUUAUUAUUAUUAUUAUUAAUAUUAUUAUUAUUGUUAUUAUUAUUAUUAUUAUAUAGAUUUAGCCAGGGCUAAAAGCAAAGCUAUGGUUAAUAAUACUAAUUGCUGUUUUCGGUGUCACGCCAUUCAAAAUAGAUCAAAAUAAAAAUCAAAACCGCUCAAUAGAUAAAGUCCAGAAUCUGGGAAUGAAAGGAGGUAAAUAUGCAAAGACCCGCGCCAAGAUUCAGGUCAGAGGAGAAUACCCAAAUUUAUAGAGUUUGUAUGGAAACGCCAUGCGGGUGCUCAUCCGGAUGGGCACCAAAAUGGCGGACGGAAACCAACAGAAACAUUUGUUACCGAGUUUUGCUACAAAAGCGUGAAUUUAUUCUUCGAGGAACUCAUAAACAUUAAAGUAAUACUUUCUCUAAUACAUAAACUGUUUAGAUAGCAAAAUUCCCUGAAAUAAGUCAUUUUUUUAAUCUACGUGACAACUCUCUUGGCCGUCAUGUAAAUGCCGCGUCACGCAAAAGCUUAGAAAUGCAAGCGUACUCUAUCACAAAACCAAGAACCCUUUUGAAGCGAAAAUUUGUAUGACAAUUAGCUUUCAGCUGUCCUAAUACAUCGUGGAAGUAAAAUCUCGGUAGGAUCGAUAGUUUUGUAGUUUGAAUUUCAGUGACGUCAAGUGAAAACCAACAAUAAACAAAAAAAUAAUAAAUCGCGUAAUGCUAAACGGGGACGGCAACGAAAAUGGCAUCAAGAUCAAUAGUAAGAUCUAAUUAGCAAAAAAAAAAAUUUGCACGUGCAGCACACUUUUUUUCUAAUUAUCAAAAAAACAAAUUUGGACGUGCAGCACGCUUUUUUGUCUUUCUUUGCCGUUGUUUUGCGUGACUACAACGCCGUUUUGUACGACUAAAACGCCAAACUUCCUAGUUACUCAUUAUUUUUAUGGAGGAAUUGUCGUAUGUGCUUACCAAAGAUUUUUUUCCUGUGUUCAUGUUCGCUUUUAUUUUCUCACUGCCGCUCAUUUUCACCUGGCCGCUAGCAUGUCUCAUUUUUUCACCACCGCUAUGAAAUUUUCAUGUUUUUCUUCCAACGAUUUUCGCCACCCUAGCUCUUUCUCUGUUAUCCACGUGAGAGUAAACAUCAAAAAUAACGUGGAAAAAGACACGAUUUCGUUGGUUUUUUUCUCUCUAAAAGUCAGGGCGGCCAUGCAAUUUUUUCCGUUGCAUUUGGGUUGCCAUACUUGUUGAUUGAGUUAUUUUAUAUUGGUGUGCCUGUGGUGCGGACGGUCGGUCGGUCGGUCGGGGGGCGGUGUUAGUCACGUGAUUGCCAAAUUUUUUAGGAUGGGUAGAUUUACUUAGCUAUGGGGCUCCGCACGCGCGCGCUUCGCGCUCUUUCUAUUAUUAUUAUUAUUAUUAUUAUUAUUAUUAUUAGGAAUAGUAGUAGUAGUAGUCGUAGUAGUAGUAGUGUUAGCAGCAGCUGCAGUAUUAUUAGUAGCAGCAGCAGCAGCAGUAGGAUUAUAUUAGUAGUGGUAGUGGUAGUGGUAGUGGUAGUGGUGGUGGUAGUGGUAGUGGUAGUGGUAGUGGUAGUGGUAGUGGUAGUGGUAGUGGUAGUGGUAGUAGUAGUAGUAGUAGUAGUAGUAGUAGUAGUAGUAGUAGUAGUAGUGGUAGUAGUUGUAUCAUUUCUUAAUAUUUCAACCCGUCCCCCUCCCCCCUUUUUUUUGUUUUAAAGGUGGUAGAGCGAGAGUUAAUGAUCAAGAGAUCAAACUCAACGGAAAAGUCGUGACCCCACAAUAUUUCUGGAAAGCUGUGUGUGAUCCUGACAAGAAGAAGUCCAUUGUCUUUGUUGCUGAAAAUAAGCCUGGCAAUACAGACCCUUCCCUAGAUAACACUGGUUGCGAACUUACUUAUAGGCUGCCAACCGGUGGAGCAAAGAUUACUAACAGGAUACCGCAAAAGAGAAUGUUGGGCGUGAUAAAAUGCUCAUCGCUAGCGGACGCCAAAGUUGCCCAUCCCGAUUUCUUAUUACCACCUUUCAGUGCCAUGAAUUGUGGACCGAACGAGAAAGGCAAAUUCCUGGACCAAUUCCUUGCUGAUAAAUUACGAGUAUUAAAUAAUUAA